AUGACAUCAUUUGAAUCAAAUUUUAAUAUCAAACCCGAGAAUACUUUUUCUAUUGCAGGAAAACAAAUCAAAUUUAAUACCAAACAAGACAUUGAACCUUAUAUUAAACAAUUAAAUGAAGUUUCAGAUCUACAAAAAAUAGAUUUUUCAGGAAAUACAAUUGGAAUUGAAGCAUCUGAAGAAUUAAGUAAAGCAUUAAUAAAUCAUACAAAUAUAAAAGAAAUUAAUUUUUCAGAUUUAUAUACUGGAAGAUUAAAUACUGAAAUUCCAAAAUCAUUACAAUUUUUAUUACCUUCUUUAUUAAAAUUACCAAAUUUAAAAUAUAUAAAUCUUAGUGAUAAUGCAUUUGGAUUACAAACUAUAGAUCCAAUUGAAGAAUAUAUUGCUAAAGCUGUAACAUUAGAACAUUUAAUAUUAUCGAAUAAUGGAAUGGGACCAUUUGCAGGUUCAAGAAUUGGUGGAUCAUUAUUUAAAUUAGCGAAAGCUAAAGAAAACAAAAAAUAUGGAUCUUUAAAAACUUUUAUAUGUGGUAGAAAUAGAUUAGAAAAUGGUUCAAUUAAUUAUUUAGCUGUUGGAUUAAGAAAUCAUAAAGAUUUAGAAGUUGUAAGAUUAUAUCAAAAUGGUAUUAGACCAGCUGGUAUAUCAAAAUUAAUUGAAAAAGGAUUAAGUUAUAAUAAAAAAUUAGAAGUUUUAGAUUUACAAGAUAAUACUAUAACUACAUCUGGUGCUAUAAAAUUAGCAGAAUCAAUAUCAAAUUGGCCAGAUUUAGUAGAAUUAAAUCUUAAUGAUUCAUUAUUAAAAAAUAAAGGUUCUUUAGAAGUUGUAAGAGCACUUUCAAAAGAUAAAAAAGAAAAAUUAACAAUAUUAAAACUACAAUAUAAUGAAUUAGAAUCAGAUAGUCUUUUAGUAUUAGCAGAUUUAGUUGGUGAUAAAUUACCAAAUUUAAAAAGUUUAGAAUUAAACGGUAAUAGAUUUGAAGAAGAUUCUGAUCAUAUAACUACUAUAAAUAAUAUUUUUGAAGAAAGAGGAUUUGGUGAAUUAGAUGAAUUAGAUGAAUUAGAAGAGUUAGAUAGUGAAGAAGAAGAUGAAGAAGAUGAAGAGGAAGAUGAAAUAGAUUCCUUAGAAGAAGAUCUCGAUUUAGAUCAAUUAGAGAAAGAUCUUUCCGGAGUUAGUGUUGAAGAUAAGGAUAAAGGUGUUGACGAAAUAGCAGAUGAAUUGUCAAAAACUCAUAUAGACUAG